CAAGUCGAGAUACAAUUGGGGUGAACGAAAUACCCUUAAUUUUCAGUCCUAAUUUAACCAUUUUACCCGGCCAAGCCCGGAUUCGCCAAAGGUCCGAGAAUAGCAAGACGCGUAACUUGCUUGUCUCGCCAUAUCCAUACGCGAAGACGUGAACUGAACGCAAAACUGCAGAACGCCGUUGCCGUCGCAGAUUCGUCUGAUUCGUUUCAGAUUCAUCCACGAAGAUCGGAAGACGGCGAGAGGACGACGUUACUCAGUCGGAACGCCGACCGCCUCUCCCGCCCAGAUACCGACGCAGCGACGGCUGCGAUCCUGGCAGCCUGCGACGCUUGGCCGCCUCCCUAGUUUUCUGAUCGCUCUCUUGUGAGUCUUGCCUCCAUUAAAUUUCUCCGAAGAGUUCCGGAAAGAUCAUCAAAAUGCCGGCUACAGCAGGGAGAGUUCGUAUGCCUGCAAACAACAGGGUGCACAGUAGUGCUGCCCUGCAGACCCAUGGUAUCUGGCAAAGUGCUAUUGGGUAUGACCCUUAUGCACCCAACAAGGAAGAAUCCAAGAAGUCGGAACCAAAAUCUGCAGACCCUGAUAACCCCUACAACAACUUUCAGGGUUUGCUCGCUCUUGCUCGUAUCACUGGCUCUAACGCUGAUGAGGCUCGUGGGGCAUGCACUAAAUGUGGAAGAGUUGGGCACCUAACGUUUCAGUGUAGAAAUUUCUUGAGUGUUAAGGAGGAGAUCAGUAAAGCAAAGGAUGAUGAUGGUGGGAUUGAGGCAGCAAUGUUGGAAAAGUGGAAGGGGAGUCAUAAUAGGGAUAAGAAGUUUAAUGCUGAGAGUGAGGAGAGUAGUGAUGAAGAGGAGAGUGAGAGUUCUGAUUCAGAGUAUGAUUCUGAGAUUGAAAGGGCAAUUGCCGGGCGGAAUGGGAAGAAUAGCUCGAAGAAGCUUAGUCAUAAGGUCAAGAGAUCUUCAUCAGAUCAUAAAGAAAGCAGAAAGAGGGGAAGAUCAAAGAGGAGAAGUGGUAAGAGGGGGAAUGAAGAUUCUGAUGAUGAAGCUAAGGACCGCAGGAAUAAAAGGAAAGAGAAGAGGAGGAGAAGGGAUGAGUCAUCAUCAGAUGAUUCUGAUGAAGAACUGCAUAGGAGGAAAAGGAAAGGUAGGAAGGAGAAGAGGAGAAGGAGAAGCCAUAGACACUCAGAUGAUUCUGAUGACUCGCCUGAAGAUUCCUCACCUCCUCGGCAUAAGCGAAGGGGCAGAAGGACUGCCACAUCAUCUGACUCUGCCUGUAGCUCUGAUGAAUUACGAGUUGGAAGGGACAAAAAACGGUCCGAAAAGAGGAGCAGAAAGCAUCGCCAUCAUGGUGAUGACUAACUUACCCAUGAAGAUUGCAAGUGCGAUGAGUCCAAAGAGGAGAUCCAGAGCUUCAGCGACUAAUAUAAUAUUAUGUUCCAUGCUCUUGAUUUGUGCUCUUCUAUAUGGACAAUUUAUGAGCUUCCAUGAGUGUUGUUUACCUGUGGCUACUUCAUAUAAUGUCGAGUUUGUUAUUUGCUUAUGUCCCCAAUUGUGUUGGUGCGCCAUGGCUACUGUGGGUUCGUACAUAACGCCAUGCUACUUCUUUUGUGAACUGUUGUAAACUUUGUUAUUAGCAUGUUUGUUUGUUAUUCAUUGCUCUAAGUACGCCCCAGUAUCUUUCUCUUGUUAUACUCCCUUUUAUACUCCCUUUGUUCUUUAAAACUUUGUCAAAUUUGAUUGACACGAUAAAUAGUGAAUUAAAAAAG